AGUGGAUCAGUCGCAAUAAAACAGAGGAGAAACCACCGUGUGAAUUAAUUUAAUACACAAAUACAUACAUAGUCUUAUAUAUGUAUACAAUUUGACUUGGUGUUUUACAAAGUGAAAAAAGCAAAAGAAGAAAAGAAAAAGAAAUAAAAAAUCUGAAGAAAAGAAGUAAAGAUUUUAAUAAAGUUAAAGUUACAUGAAGUUCAGCAACAGAAAAUAAAAUUAAAUAAAAUAAAAAAAUAAGAAAAAAAGUUGUGGAAACCUAUUGUAUUUAAAAGAGCAAAGAAAAAAAUUUCACUUUGGAUUAUAUUUUUGCUAUGGGUGCUAUUUAAUCAUAGCACUUAAUCUUUGUAAAAUGGGAAAUUCAUUUCCACUAGUCCUCUUAUUAAUUAUAACUUUUAAUCUGGUAUCGUCACAAUCAUCAAGUAGGAAAAACAUAUUUGGAAAUAGACAUGAAGUAUUCUUUCUAAAUUUAGAAGAUGGAUAUUUUGGGUGUCAAGUCAAUGAAUCAGUAGAAUUUUUACAAAUUUACGAUCUAUCAAGGCUAUGUGAUGGCCUUCAAGAUUGUUAUAUGGGUUCUGAUGAGUCAAGAAAAGAACUCAAGUGUACAAAUGACUGUGAUGGAGAUGAUGGGUCAACCUGCUCUAACGGAGUGUGUUUAGACCAUCAAUGUCAUUGUAAUGAUGGUUUUGGCGGAUGUAACUGCCAAGUUCCAGAUGAGAAUGAGUGUAAAUAUAGACCGUGUGAUGUGUUCGCACAUUGUACAAAUACCUUAGGUUCGUUUAGUUGUACUUGCUUCCCCGGUUAUGCCGGUGAUGGUCUUCAUUGUGAAGAUAUCGACGAAUGUUUAGAUCCUCAUGUUGCGGCACGUUGUGUUGAAAAUGCCGAGUGUUGUAAUUUACCAGCACAUUUUGCGUGCAAAUGUAAACCUGGUUAUGAAGGAGAUGGUGAAGUUUUAUGUACAGAUAUCGACGAGUGUUCUCGACCGGGUACUUGUGGCAUAAAUACUGAGUGCAAUAAUACACCAGGAAAUUACUCGUGCACAUGUAGACAAGGUUUUCAAGGAAAUCCUUAUGAUGGAUGUGUGGAUAUUGAUGAAUGCAAAUUAAAUCCAAAUUCUUGUGGACCAGGUGCAAUUUGUACAAAUUUAGAAGGAAGUUAUCUUUGUCACUGUCCAGACGGAUUUGAAGGGUUCGAUGCACAAACUACUGGCUGUGUUGAUAUAAAUGAGUGCAAUCGAUCACCUUGUAGUCGAAGUGAAGAAUGUAUUAACGAAGUUGGCGGAUACCGAUGCCAACAAAUAAUUAAUGUUAACGAGUGUUUAAAUAAUCCUUCGCCAUGCGGAAAAAAUGCCAUAUGCACAGACACAAUCGGAUCAUUUACGUGUUCAUGCAAACCAGAUUAUACAGGUGAUCCGAUGAAAGGAUGUGUUGAUAUUGAUGAGUGCACUGCCCUUGAAAAACCAUGCGGAAAAUUUGCAAUAUGCGAAAAUGCAUCACCUGGCUAUAAUUGUAAAUGCUUACAAGGUUAUAGAGCUGUGCCUGAUGCCAAAAUUGCUUGUGAACAAGCUGAUGUAGAAAUUGGCUGUCACAGCAACUUUGAUUGCACAAAUAAUGCCGAAUGUAUUGAUGGACAGUGCUUCUGUCAAGAGGGUUUUGAAGGAUCAGGAACAAAUUGCGUAGAUAUUGAUGAAUGUAAAAAACAAAAAGACAUUUGUGGACCUCGUGCACAUUGUAUCAACAUACAAGGAGGAUAUAAAUGUGAAUGCGAAACAGGACUUAUAGGUACACCACCAAGACUUCCAUGCAAAGAACCAUGCGUAAAUGUAGAAUGCGGUCCACAUGCUUACUGCCAAGCUGAAGAUAAUGAAGCAUUUUGUAUAUGUGAAAAAGGUUGGACAUUCUUACCAUCUGAUAUUUCCAAAGGAUGCGUUGAUAUCAAUGAAUGUGAUGUCACUCAUGGACCAUUUGGAAUGUGUGGAAUAAAUGGAUUAUGUAGAAAUUUGGAUGGAAGCUAUGAAUGUACUUGUGCUGAAGGUUUUACUGGAGAUGCAAACAAACAAUGUUACGAUAUCGAUGAAUGCUCACAAACACUUAAUCCAUGCGGUGAAAAUUCAGUUUGUCAAAAUGAGCCUGGUGGAUUUAAAUGCGUAUGCCCUGAUGAUCUAAUUGCUGUUGAAGAUUCGGAUCCAACAAAAAUAAAGUGUAUUGCUGUUGUUUCAUGCAAAAAUAACAACGACUGUCCUGGAAAUGCAAUUUGUGAUCCACAUAAACGAUGUCUAUGUCCUGAACCAAAUGUUGGAAAUGACUGUAGACAUCCUUGUGAAGAAUUAAAUUGUGGACCAAAUGCAAAAUGUUUAAUGUCAAAUGGAGUCGGUACUUGUUUAUGUGCGGAUGGCUACAUUAACUCUGGAGGUACAUGCAUAGACGUUAAUGAAUGUUUGAACAAUCCAUGUGGAGUUAAGGCAAUUUGUAACAAUCAUGCCGGUGGUUAUACAUGUCAAUGUCCAAACGGAAUGUCUGGAGAUCCAUACAAAGGAGGAUGUAAUGAUAUUAGGAAAAUUGUGUCUUGUAGCGAUAAAAAUCCAUGCCCUACAGGCGAAAAAUGUGUUUCGAAUCCAGGAGGUUCAAAUGUUUGUGUUUGUACCCAAGGUCAUACAAGAGAUCGAGUUUCGCAGCAGUGUCGUGACAUUGAUGAGUGUACUGAAAAUGCAAAACCAGCUUGUGGUUUGAACGCUCUUUGUAGAAAUUUACCAGGAAGCUACGAUUGUAUAUGCGCUGAUAAUUAUGACGGAAAUCCAUUUAAAAUUUGUGAGCAGUGUGAAACUCCGGAAUGUAGAUGUCAACCACCAUACACAUUAGUAGGCAAAAAUUGUAUUCUAGCUGGAUGUUCGGAUAAACAAAAAUGUCCACCAGGAGCAGAAUGCAUAUCAAUAACAGGAGGACUUUCUUAUUGUGCUUGUCCAAAAGGAUUCAGAACCCAACCCGAUGGAUCGUGUAUUGAUAUUGAUGAAUGCCAUGAAAAUUCACAAACUUGCGGAUAUGAUGCAAUAUGUCAAAACACAGUUGGUGGAUUUACAUGUGCAUGUCCACAAGGUUAUGAUGGAGAUCCUUAUCAUGGCAUGUGUUCACUGCCAUACAAACGUUGUACAUCAGACAACGAAUGUGGCGCUAAUGAAAAAUGUGUACAACCAGGUGAAUGUAUUUGUCCUCCACCAUUCUUUGUUGAUGCUGGAAAUGCAUGUACAAAUCCAUGUGAGAGAUUCGCUUGUGGUAUCAACGCUAGAUGCUCACCAACAAAUCCUCCUCAAUGUAUGUGUGAGGCUGGAUUCAAAGGAGAUCCUCUUCAAGGAUGCGAAAGUAUUGAUGAAUGUUUAACCAGUCCAUGCGCUUAUGGUGCACAGUGCAUUAAUCAAAAAGGAGGAUAUCUUUGUCAAUGUCCAAAUGGGAUGUCUGGAGAUCCGUACAAGACUGGAUGCAACUAUGUUGAUCCAAUUCGUGGAAAAACAGAAUGCACAACUAAUCUUGAUUGCGCUUCAAAUCUUAUCUGUGAUCAAGGAUCUUGUAUCAGCGCAUGCACAAAUCUUUUAUGCGGCCCAAAUGCUUUUUGUGAACCAGAAAAUCAUGCUGGAUGGUGUCGUUGUAAAGUUGGAUUUGUAGAAGGACAAAAUGGAGAAUGCGUAUCACCAUGCACGGAUUUCCAUUGUGCACAAGGAGCACUAUGUAUUUUAACAACCACAGGACCAACAUGCAAAUGUCCUUUAGGACAAAUAGGAAAUCCAUUCCCAGGAGGUUCUUGUAGUGUAGAUCAAUGUUCAACUCAACGCCCAUGCAUAGAUCCUCAAGUUUGUGUUCAAGGUCGUUGUAAGCACAAAUGUGAUGGAAUUGUUUGUGGAGUGGGAGCUAUUUGUGACUCAAAUACAGGAAAAUGCAUUUGCGAGCCAAAUUUCGUGGGAAGUCCCGAUUCAAUUUGUAUGCCACCGAUAAGUUUGCCAUCAUGUCAACCAGCUUGUGGACCAAAUGCUCACUGCGAAUAUCGUCUAUUUGAAACAGUUUGUGUUUGUAAUAGUGGUACAUUUGGUAAUCCAUAUGAAUCCUGUCAAACUGAAAAGAUCAAGAAGUGUACAGAAAAAUCUUGCGGAGAAAAUGCUUUAUGUAUUCAAGGAGCUAAUAUUGAAUGUCAAUGUAAACCUGGUUUUAAUGGAAAUCCAUACACAAAUUGUUAUGAUAUAAAUGAAUGCUCAACACAAAUUUGUGGUGAAAAUGCUGUGUGCAUCAAUACCAUAGGCUCAUUUGACUGUAAAUGCAAAGAAAAUUAUAUUGGAAAUCCAUUUGAUAUGUGUUCAUUGGUUGAAAAUAAUCUUUGCAAUGACCCCAAAACUUGCAAGUGUGAUUCAACAAAAGUUUUAUGUCCGAUUGGAUUUAAAUGUGAAAAGGGACGAUGCAAGAAUUUAUGCGAUAAUAAAAAAUGCGGACCACAUGCUGCAUGCAACUCAAACAAUGGAGAAUGCUCAUGUGUUCAAGGGUAUGUUGGAAAUCCAAAUGAUUUAUCAAAAGGUUGUUUAGCAACAGGUCAAUGUAACACGGAUUUUGACUGUAAAGAUUCAGAAAUUUGCUUCAAAAAUGGACGUGGAUUAAGAAAAUGUCUUGAAGGUUGUUCAAAACUUCAAUGUGGACCUAACUCAGUGUGUGUAACGACAGAACAUAAAUCUAGUUGCUUCUGUCUGGAUGGCAGUUAUAAAGGCAAUCCGUAUGAUAACAAUAAAGGAUGUCAAGUUGAAGGAAAAGUAAUAACACCAAUCGGUUGUGAUGCCGUUGCAUGUGGUAAAAAUGAAGUUUGUAAAAUUGGAGAUAAAGGACCAAUAUGCUAUUGCGAUGAUCUUUAUGUCUGGAAUCCAGUAAGUUCUGCCUGUGAAAAACCAUCACUACCAGAGUGCUCAAAUGAUAAUGAAUGUCCAGAAACUGAUGCAUGUCGUCCAGAUGAUUUAGGAGUCUUGAAAUGUCGACCUGCAUGUGCAGAAUUCAGCUGCCCUCAAAACUCGGUAUGUGUUGCUGAAAGACAUAGUGGAUCAUGUGUUUGCUUACCUGGAUAUAGUGGACAUGUUAACGAUCGUUAUGGAUGUCGAAAUGAGCAGAAUAAUGAAUGUACAACAAGUGCACAAUGUGCUGAAUCAGAAAUGUGUAUAAAGCAGCAAGGAGUAUCUAAAUGUGUAUCCGCAUGUAGUACUGUUAAAUGUGGUAAAAAUGCAAUAUGCAUUACAAACAAUCAUGUAGGACAAUGUCAAUGUGUAAACGGUGGAUUUAUCGGAGAUCCUUAUGAUAAUUUCAAAGGAUGUGAAAAAGUUCCAUGUGUGUACAACGAGGACUGUCCACCAACACAACUCUGCAAUAGAAUGACCAAUAAAUGCUUCGAUAUUUGUCAACCUGACACUUGUGGAGAAAAUGGAAUUUGUGUCGUUCGUGAAAACGAAAGAGCAAGUUUGUGCCGUUGCCAACCAGGUUUUCGUCCAAAUCCUAUUCCAGAAGUUGGUUGUAUACAAGACGAACAAUGUUCAUCUACCAGUUGUCAUCCUUCUGCAAUUUGUGAAGUCACUGCAAGUGGACCGGUAUGUAAAUGUCCGACAUCAAAACAUGUCGGAGACCCAUACACAAAAGGAUGUAUUCUACAAGUUGAAGGCGAAUGUGCAAGUAACGAAGAUUGCCCACUUUUAGGUUUCGUGUGCAAAAAUAGAAAAUGCAUAAAUGUGUGUGAAAAAGAAUGUGGACCAAAUGCAUUAUGUAAAGUAAAUUCAAAAGGAAAACCAGAAUGUUCAUGCCCUGGAAGAUUUGUUUCUCUGUCAGGAAAUCCUAAAGAUGGUUGUUUAAGAGCCUCAGAAAAAUGCUCAAGUGAUACUGAAUGUGAAAAUGGAGUUUGUGAUCAUGGACAUUGUAGAUUUGUUUGCAAAAAAUCUAAUGAUUGUUUGGAUGGUGAAAAGUGUAUUAAUAAUUUAUGUACACUUUCAUGUAUCCAUAAUUCUAAUUGUAAUCAAGAUCAAGUAUGCAUAAAUUCGGCUUGCGAAAUUGGUUGUAGAAAUAGCAAUAAUUGUGCAAAUGAUGAAGCCUGUAUUGAUAACAAAUGUCAAAAUCCAUGUGAAUUGAAUAUUUGUGGACCCAAUAGUAAAUGUAUUAUACGUGAUCAUAAGAUCAUAUGUGAAUGUCCAAAAGGAUUUGAGCCCAAUCCAACACCUGAUCAAGGAUGCAUAAGAGUUCCAACAAGUUGUCAAAAUAAUCGACAAUGCCCAAAAUCAUUUGAAUGCGUUUCUGGUAGAUGUAACUUAGUCUGUAAAACCGAUUCUAACUGUGCUGUUGGAGAGCGAUGCUCAAACGGAAUGUGUUCCAAAAUAUGUUAUACAAGCAAUAAUUGCUUACCUGGUGAAAUUUGCAUCAACAAUUUGUGUGAAGCCGGAUGUUUUUCUGAUGCUGAUUGUCCUCAUUUAGAAAUUUGUCGUCAAACAAAAUGCGUAUGCGAUAAAGGAUUUACUGAUACGCCAAAUGGAUGUGCUGAUGUAGAUGAGUGCUUAGAUCACCCUUGCCACUCUUCUGCUGUAUGUGAAAACACUUUGGGUUCAUACCGUUGUCUUUGUCCAGAUUCACAAGUUGGAGAUCCAUAUGGUAGUGCUGGAUGCAAAAAAUCUGAUGAAUGCAAAAGAAAUUCUGACUGUGCUAAUAACUUACUAUGUGAAAACAAAAAAUGUGUCGAUCCAUGUGCUCUUGGUACUAAGCAAUGCAGUAGUAAUGCAAUAUGCCAAAUUGAGGAUCAUAUUCCAACAUGUUUGUGCCCUAUUGGAUAUUUGGGUGACCCAGAUAAACCAGAAAUCGGAUGCUUCCGUGUUGAAUGUACUAAUUCCGAUGACUGUCCAAUGAAUAAGGCGUGUGAUUUAGAAAGAAAUCGUUGCAUAAACCCUUGUGAUUUUAUCUCAUGUGGAAAAGGAGUUUGUCAAGUUGAUGAUCAUGAUCCUAUUUGUGUGUGUUAUGAAGGAUACAUGCUAAAUAAUGAAAAAUGUGAAGAUAUCAAUGAAUGUAAACAAAACCCAUGUCAUGCCACUGCAAUUUGUGAGAAUACUCCAGGAAAUUAUAUCUGUUCCUGCCCAAAGAAUAUGAUUGGUGAUCCUGUCUAUGAAGGUUGUCGCUUACAAAAUGAAUGCUUUUCGGAUGGAGAUUGUCCAGAAACAGCAGCAUGUAGCAAUGAUAAAAAAUGUAUCAAUCUUUGCGAAACAUCAAACACUUGUGGUAAAAAUUCAGUAUGUAGCAUGCGUGACCAUAAAGUAACUUGUUCAUGCGGACCAAAUACUAGAGGUGAUCCAAUGAUUCAAUGUGACCAAAUUGAAUGCUCUGAUGACUUUGAUUGCGAUUUGAUAAAAUCAUGUGUUAAUUCAAAAUGUUUAGACAGUUGUUCUUUACCAAAUGCUUGCGGAAAGAAUGCAGUUUGUAGCACAAACAAUCAUGUAAGAACUUGUGAAUGUUUACCAGGAUUUACUGGCAAUCCAAUGUUGGGCUGUAUUUCUAUCCAAUAUUGCAGUUCUGAUAGAGAGUGUGCCACUGGAGGAACAAAAUGUAGUAGCAGCGGUGUUUGUUCAACCAUUUGUGCAAAUUCGAGAGAUUGUCUGAGUGAUCAGCUUUGUAUCAACUCAGUUUGUCUUCCAACAUGUAAGAGCAACACAACGUGUCCUCAAAGUCAAUUUUGUUUGAAUAAUAUUUGCACAACUGAACCCAAAUGUCAAAGCGAUGAUGAUUGUGACAUUGAUGAAUACUGUCUUAAAGAAUCAGGAAAAUCUGAAUGUAAGAGCGUCUGCAAAUCACGUUUCUUGUGUGGGCGAAAUGCUGACUGUAUAGCUAGAAACCACUUAGCUGAAUGCCAAUGUAAGCCUGGAUUUUAUUUAGAUGGAAAAACAUGCAAAAAGAUUGAAUGCACUUCAAAUGAUGACUGCAGUGGAGAUAAGAAAUGUGAAAACAAUGUCUGCAAGAUUGUAUGCUUAAUGGAAAAUGUUUGUGGAACAAACGCGCUAUGUAUCGGAGAAAAUCAUGAAAUGACUUGUCAAUGUACACCAGGUCAUACUGGUGAUCCUAAAGUUCAAUGUAGUUUGAUUGACUUUUGCGAAAGUAAUCCUUGUGGUCCAGGAGCUUCAUGUAAAAACUCAAGAGGUUCAUACAGAUGCUUCUGUAAAGGCUCAGACAUGGUCGGAGAUCCAUAUACUAUUGGAUGUCGCAAAGCUGUUGAAUGCCAAAUAAAUGAUGACUGUCCAAAAUCUGCAAAAUGUGUUCAUGAAAAUGGAGAACCAAAAUGUCGAGAUGUUUGUGAAGGUAUUACUUGUGGAAGAAAUGCAGAAUGCUCAAGUGAUAACCAUGCAAGUAUUUGUCUAUGUCGUGAUGGAUAUGAGGGAAAUCCAAAGGAUCGUAUACAUGGAUGUAAACCAAUUCCAAAACCAUGUCAGAAUAAUAAUGAUUGUCAAAAUGAUGCUUACUGCAAUGGAGGCAUCUGCAAACCUUUAUGUCAUUCAGAUGCUGAGUGUCAACCAAACCAAGUUUGUUUGAGUAAUCAGUGCAUAAAUCCUUGUGAAAUUUCAUCAAAUGCUUGCGGAAUUAAUGCCGAUUGCUUGACAAAUAAUCAUGUCAAAACAUGCUCAUGUCCAGAUGGUUUCACUGGUAGUUCAGAUGUUGAAUGUGUACGAAUACCAGUUGCUUGUAUAACAUCGAAUGACUGUAGUGAAGGAAAGUCAUGUAUUGAUUCCAUGUGCUUACCAGGUUGUCAAAAUGAUCAAGAAUGUGCACUCAAUGAGAAAUGUAUUAACAAUCAAUGUAUGUUGACGUGUCGUGUUGAUAAUGAUUGCUUCUUAGGACAUAUUUGUCUGCAUAAUCGUUGUGAAAUUGGAUGUUCUAAUAAUGAAGACUGUUCACCAAGUGAAUCGUGUAGCAACAAUAAGUGUAGACCACUUUGUGAAGACAAUCCUUGUGGUCCAGGUGCAAUUUGUGGCAUUGUUAAUCAAAAAGCUACUUGCUCAUGUGGCACUGGAAUGGUUCCAAGUCCAACAGCGAAAAUUGGUUGUGUAAGAUCACCACCAAUUACAUGUUCAGAAAAUAGAGAUUGCAGUACAGAUAAAGCUUGCUUUAAUGGAUUAUGUUAUCAACUUUGUGGCAACGAUCAGCAAUGUUUGAAUAAUGAACAUUGUGACAAUGGAGCAUGCAAACCUAUGUGUCAUAGAGAUGGAGAUUGUAAUAGUGGUGAAAUUUGUAAAGAAUUUACUUGUGUCACAGGUUGUAGAUCAAACAUUGGUUGUCCAUCUAAUUUGGCUUGUGUAAAUAAUCGAUGUACAGACAUUUGCCGACAGAACAUAGAAUGUGGAAUCAAUACAGAAUGCACAAUGGUUAACCAUAAAGCCACAUGUAAAUGCAUGAAAGGUUUAAUAGGAGAUCCAUCAGUUGGCUGUAAAUAUCCAAUUACUUCAUGUCAGAAUGAACAAGAGUGCGCCAAAGAUCAAUCAUGCUAUGGCAAUCAGUGCAGAGUAAAAUGUGGAAGCAACCAAAAUUGUUUGUCUGAUGAAAAAUGUGUUAAAGGCAUAUGCAGAUCAGUAUGUAAUUCUGAUGGUGAAUGUGAUGCUGGUUUCAUUUGUAGAAACAGACAAUGCGAGGUCGGAUGUAGAAGUGACAAUUCCUGUUCUGAUAACGAAGCAUGCAUUAAUAAUCAAUGUACUGAUCCUUGUCAAACUAAUAAUCAAUGUGGUACAUGUGCUGAGUGUACAGUAUACAAUCAUGGCAUGCAAUGCAAAUGUAAACCAAAUAUGUUUGGUGAUCCUCUCAUUCGUUGUACUAUGUCACUUGAAUCGUGUCAUUCAAAUUGCGAAUGUGAUGAAUCUAAAAAAUACUGUAUUAGCAAAUGCAAAGCAUCUAAAGAUUGUGCAUGUGGUCAAGUAUGUUCCAGAGGAAUAUGUCGCCAUCAAUGUGAUCAAAGAAAAUGUGCACCUGGUCAGAUCUGCAAAGAUACAAGAGAAGGACAAAUUUGUAUUGAAGGCUGUAAGACUAGCUCAGACUGUUCUGAAGAUAUGAUUUGUGCAAAUGGAAAGUGUAAAAAUGCAUGUGACAAUGUAAAAUGUGGGAAAGAUGCAGUUUGCCGAAUCACUGAUCACAAAGCAAUUUGUUUAUGUCCUGAUGGAUAUACUGGUCAACCAAGUACACGAUGCGUUCCAUUCGAGUGCAAUACGAAUCAAGAUUGUGACUUUGAUAAAAAGUGUGUUGAAGGAUCUUGUAAAAAUCCAUGCCUUGAAAGACAAAUUUGUGGUGUUAAUGCGCAAUGCAGGUCAGAAAAUCAUGAAGCCAACUGUGUCUGUUUACCAAAUUAUGUUGGCGAUGCAAAAGUACUGUGUGAUGAGUUAAAAACUGCUCUCUGUCAACCUAAUUCAUGUGGAAUAAAUGCAAUGUGCAGAGCAGAUUCAGAUAGAACGAUUAGAUGUUACUGCCCACCUCUUUAUCCAAAUGGAGACCCAAAGAUAGAAUGUACAAGUUAUCAGAAACCUCAGGACUGCAGAGUAAAUGGAUGCAAAGAAGGAGAAUGUGUAGCGUAUGGUAGAGAUUAUGUCUGCAAGCAGAGCCGAGAUUGUUUAAGCGAUAAUGAUUGUCCAAGUGAAAUGGCUUGCACGAAUAUAGGCAAAUGUAUUGAUCCAUGUGCAAGGCGUGAUGUGUGCGGAGAGAAUGGUCUCUGUAAAACUAUAUUACAUCGACCACGCUGUUCGUGCCCCAGCUGUCAUGUUGGACGACCUGAAAAGAAAUGUAUACCAGAACCAAAUUGUGAAGAGAUGACAACUCUUAGUCCAAGAAUACCGGAUACAGUUUUAUGCCAAACCCAUAAUGAUUGUCAUGAUAACUUAGUUUGUUCUGAUAAUGGAAUUUGUGAAGAUCCAUGCGCAAAAAUUUAUUGUGAAGAAUCGAAAAAAUGUGUUGUGACUCGUCAUAAUCCCGUCUGCGUAUGCAAAUAUGGCUUUGUUGUCAAUGAUAAUGGAGAAUUAACAUGUGCAAAUGAAAAGAAAGAAUGCUCUAAUGAUGAUGAGUGCGAAUCUAAUAUGGCUUGUAUAUCAGGACGAUGUAGAAAUCCAUGUGUUGCAACAUCACAAAAAUCAUCACCAUGUCCUCCAGAUAAAAGUUGUUCUGUUUUAAAUCACAAAGCCGUUUGUAUUUGCAUGGAAGACUGUGCUCCAUCUAUAUCCAUAUGUUUGCGUGAUAAUGGCUGUCCAGAGGGUUUGGCAUGUCGCAAUUUCCGUUGUGUAAAUCCAUGUGACACAGCAACAUGUGCCGAAGACUCUCCAUGCUACGUUGAAGAUCAUAGACCAAUUUGUAAAUUCUGCCCUCCAGGAUUUGUUAAAGAUUUUAAAAGCGGAUGUCUGAAAGCCAAUGAAGACAAAAUUAGCAAGCAAAAUUGCUCGAAAAAUGCGGAUUGUGAAGAUACGAUGCAGUGUCUUCAAGGAGUAUGUUUCAAUCCAUGUUCUGCUACAGUUUGUGGCGAAUCUGCUACAUGCUACGUUAAAAAUCAUUCCUAUUAUUGCAUACCUAAUCCUAGUCCUAAUAAAUCCAGUAGUUUAAAGCCGAAAGAGUCAAAAGUAAUAUCUUCUCAAGAUCACAAUACUGAAAUACCUCAUUACACUAACGACUUCGAAACUACUACCUUAGUUUAUAAAUUGCAAAAUGCAACCAUUAAAACGGAUAAUAUAGCAAGCAACAAUGAAGCUUCAACCAAACAAUAUCCUUCAAAUAAUAUUGAUGAUUUAGAAAUAUCAAACACUGAUACAACAAGACAAACUUUAGAAGAAAGCAAACUUUUAGAAUCAACAACACAGUUUGAUGAAUUGCACACAAUAAGUUCUGAAAUGGCAGAAAGAGUUACGAUUGGGUCCAAUGUUGUGGUUUCUUCAAUUCAGACAAAAAGCUCACCAAAAGAAACUACUUCUACAGAACGUGAUGUUCAAACAACUACCCAAUCUGAUGAAUCUUAUACAAUAAGUUCUGAAACAACCGGAAAAGUUACGAUUGGGUCCAAUCUAGUGUUUUCUUCAUUUUCUUCAGAUCAGACAACAAACUCACCAAAAGAAACUACUUCUAUAGAACAUGAUGUUCAAACACCUACCCAAUCUGAUGAAUCUUAUACAAAAAGUUCUGAAACAACCGGAAAAGUUACGAUUGGGUCCAAUGUUGUGGUUUCUUCAAGUCAGACAACAAGCUCACCAAAAGAAACCACUUUAUCAGAACAUGAUAUCCAAACAACUACACAACCUGAUGAAUCUUAUACAAUAAAUUCAGAUACAACCGAAAAAGUACGGAUUGGAUCCAAUCUUGUGGUUUCUUCGGGUCAGACAACAAACUCACCAAAAGCAACUUCUUCAUCAGAACAUGAUAUUCAAACAACCACACAAUUGUAUGAUUCUUAUACUAUUAGUUCUGAAACAACUGGGAAAGCCAUAAAUGGAUCCAAUCUAGUAGAUUCAUCAAGUCAAGCACCAAGCUCACCAAAAGAAACUACUUCUAUAGAACAUGAUGUUCAAACAACUACCCAAUCUGAUGAAUCUUAUACAAUAAGUUCUGAAACAACCGGAAAAGUUACGAUUGGGUCCAAUCUUGUGGUUUCUUCGGGUCAGACAACAAGCUCUCCAAAAGAAACUACUUCUCCAGAAAAAGAUGUUCAAACAACUACCCAAUCUGAUGAAUCCUAUACAAUAAGUUCUGAAACAACCGGAAAAGUUACGAGUGGGUCCAAUCUUGUGGUUUCUUCAAGUCAGACAACAAGCUCUCCAAAAGAAACUACUUCUUUAGAAAAAGAUGUUCAAACAAGUACCCAAUCUGAUGAAUCUUAUACAAUAAGUUCCGAAACAACUGGUAAAGUUACGAUUGGGUCCAAUCUUGUGGUUUCUUCAAGUCAGACAACAAGCUCUUUAAAAGAAACUACUUUAUCAGAACAUGAUAUCCAAACAACUACACAACCUGAUGAAUCUUAUACAAUAAAUUCAGAUACAACCGGAAAAGAUACGAUUGGGUCCAAUGUUGUGGUUUCUUCAACUCAGACAACGAGCUCACCAAAAGCAACUUCUUCAUCAGAACGUGAUAUUCAAACAACCACACAAUUGGACGAUUCUUAUACUAUAAGUUCUGAAACAACUGGGAAAGCCACGAAUGGAUCCAAUCUAGUAGAUUCAUCAAGUCAAGCACCAAGCUCACCAAUAGAAACUACUUCAUCAGAACAUGAUAUUCAAACAACUACACAAUCUGAUGAAUCUUAUACAAUAAGUUCCGAAUCAACCGGAAAAGUUACGAUUGGAUCCAAUCUUUUGGUUUCUUCAGGUCAGACAACAAGCUCAUCAAAAGCAACUUCUUCAUCAGAACAUGAUAUUCAAACAACCACACAAUUGGACGAUUCUUAUACUAUUAGUUCUGAAACAACUGGGAAAGCCAUAAAUGGAUCCAAUCUAGUAGAUUCAUCAAGUCAAGCACCAAGCUCUCCAAUAGAAACUACUUCAUCAGAACAUGAUAUUCAAACAACUACACAAUCUGAUGAAUCUUAUACAAUAAGUUCCGAAUCAACCGGAGAGGUUACGAUUGGAUCCAAUCUUGUGGUUUCUUCAAGUCAGACAACAAGCUCUUUAAAAGAAACUACUUUAUCAGAACAUGAUAUCCAAACAACUACACAACCUGAUGAAUCUUAUACAAUAAAUUCAGAUACAACCGAAAAAGUUACGAUUGGAUCCAAUCUUUUGGUUUCUUCAGGUCAGACAACAAGCUCAUCAAAAGCAACUUCUUCAUCAGAACAUGAUAUUCAAACAACCACACAAUUGGACGAUUCUUAUACUAUUAGUUCUGAAACAACUGGGAAAGCCAUAAAUGGAUCCAAUCUAGUAGAUUCAUCAAGUCAAGCGCCAAGCUCACCAGUAGAAACUACUUCAUCAGAACAUGAUAUUCAAACAACUACACAAUCUGAUGAAUCUUAUACAAUAAGUUCCGAAACAACCGGAAAAGUUACGAUUGGGUCCAAUCUUGUGGUUUCUUCAAGUCAGACAACAAGCUCUUUAAAAGAAACUACUUUAUCAGAACAUGAUAUCCAAACAACUACACAACCUGAUGAAUCUUAUACAAUAAAUUCAGAUACAACCGAAAAAGUUACGAUUGGAUCCAAUCUUUUGGUUUCUUCAGGUCAGACAACAAGCUCAUCAAAAGCAACUUCUUCAUCAGAACAUGAUAUUCAAACAACCACACAAUUGGACGAUUCUUAUACUAUUAGUUCUGAAACAACUGGGAAAGCCAUAAAUGGAUCCAAUCUAGUAGAUUCAUCAAGUCAAGCGCCAAGCUCACCAGUAGAAACUACUUCAUCAGAACAUGAUAUUCAAACAACUACACAAUCUGAUGAAUCUUAUACAAUAAGUUCCGAAACAACCGGAAAAGAUACGAUUGGGUCCAAUGUUGUGGUUUCUUCAACUCAGACAACGAGCUCACCAAAAGCAACUUCUUCAUCAGAACGUGAUAUUCAAACAACCACACAAUUGGACGAUUCUUAUACUAUAAGUUCUGAAACAACUGGGAAAGCCACGAAUGGAUCCAAUCUAGUAGAUUCAUCAAGUCAAGCACCAAGCUCACCAAUAGAAACUACUUCAUCAGAACAUGAUAUUCAAACAACUACACAAUCUGAUGAAUCUUAUACAAUAAGUUCCGAAUCAACCGGAAAAGUUACGAUUGGAUCCAAUCUUUUGGUUUCUUCAGGUCAGACAACAAGCUCAUCAAAAACAACUUCUUCAUCAGAACAUGAUAUUCAAACAACCACACAAUUGGACGAUUCUUAUACUAUUAGUUCUGAAACAACUGGGAAAGCCAUAAAUGGAUCCAAUCUAGUAGAUUCAUCAAGUCAAGCACCAAGCUCACCAAUAGAAACUACUUCAUCAGAACAUGAUAUUCAAACAACUACACAAUCUGAUGAAUCUUAUACAAUAAGUUCCGAAUCAACCGGAGAGGUUACGAUUGGAUCCAAUCUUUUGGUUUCUUCAGGUCAGACAACAAGCUCACCAAAAGCAACUUCUUCAUCAGAACAUGAUAUUCAAACAACCACACAAAUGGACGUUUCUUAUACUAUUAGUUCUGAAACAACUGGGAAAGCCACGAAUGGAUCCAAUCUAGUAGAUUCAUCAAGUCAAGCACCAAGCUCACCAAUAGAAACUACUUCAUCAGAACAUGAUAUUCAAACAACUACACAAUCUGAUGAAUCUUAUACAAUAAGUUCCGAAUCAACCGGAAAAGUUACGAUUGGGUCCAAUCUUGUGGUUUCUUCAAGUCAGACAACAAGCUCUUUAAAAGAAACUACUUUAUCAGAACAUGAUAUCCAAACAACUACACAACCUGAUGAAUCUUAUACAAUAAAUUCAGAUACAACCGGAAAAGUUACGAUUGGGUCCAAUGUUGUGGUUUCUUCAACUCAGACAACGAGCUCACCAAAAGCAACUUCUUCAUCAGAACGUGAUAUUCAAACAACCACACAAUUGGACGAUUCUUAUACUAUAAGUUCUGAAACAACUGGGAAAGCCACGAAUGGAUCCAAUCUAGUAGAUUCAUCAAGUCAAGCACCAAGCUCACCAAUAGAAACUACUUCAUCAGAACAUGAUAUUCAAACAACUACACAAUCUGAUGAAUCUUAUACAAUAAGUUCCGAAUCAACCGGAAAAGUUACGAUUGGAUCCAAUCUUUUGGUUUCUUCAGGUCAGACAACAAGCUCAUCAAAAGCAACUUCUUCAUCAGAACAUGAUAUUCAAACAACCACACAAUUGGACGAUUCUUAUACUAUUAGUUCUGAAACAACUGGGAAAGCCAUAAAUGGAUCCAAUCUAGUAGAUUCAUCAAGUCAAGCACCAAGCUCACCAAUAGAAACUACUUCAUCAGAACAUGAUAUUCAAACAACUACACAAUCUGAUGAAUCUUAUACAAUAAGUUCCGAAUCAACCGGAAAAGUUACGAUUGGGUCCAAUCUUGUGGUUUCUUCAAGUCAGACAACAAGCUCUUUAAAAGAAACUACUUUAUCAGAACAUGAUAUCCAAACAACUACACAAUCUGAUGAAUCUUAUACAAUAAGUUCCGAAUCAACCGGAAAAGUUACGAUUGGAUCCAAUCUUUUGGUUUCUUCAGGUCAGACAACAAGCUCAUCAAAAGCAACUUCUUCAUCAGAACAUGAUAUUCAAACAACCACACAAUUGGACGAUUCUUAUACUAUUAGUUCUGAAACAACUGGGAAAGCCAUAAAUGGAUCCAAUCUAGUAGAUUCAUCAAGUCAAGCACCAAGCUCACCAAAAGAAACUACUUCAUCAGAACAUGAUAUUCAAACAACUACACAAUCUGAUGAAUCUUAUACAAUAAGUUCCGAAUCAACCAGAAAAGUUACGAUUGGAUCCAAUCUUUUGGUUUCUUCAAGUCAGACAACAAGCUCUUUAAAAGAAACUACUUUAUCAGAACAUGAUUUCCAAACAACUACACAACCUGAUGAAUUUUAUACAAUAAAUUCAGAUACAACCGAAAAAGUUACGAUUGGAUCCAAUCUUGUGGUUUCUUCGGGUCAGACAACAAGCUCACCAAAAGCAACUUCUUCAUCAGAACAUGAUAUUCAAACAACUACACAACCUGAUGAAUCCUAUACAAUAAAUUCAGAUACAACCGGAAAAGUUACGAUUGGGUCCAAUGUUGUGGUUUCUUCAAUUCAAACAACGAGCUCACCAAAAGCAACUUCUUCAUCAGAACAUGAUAUUCAAACAACUACACAAUCUGAUGCAUCCUAUACAAUAAGUUCUGAAACAACCGGAAAAGUUACGAUUGGAUCCAAUCUUUUGGUUUCUUCAGGUCAGAGAACAAGCUCACCAAAAGCAACUUCUUCAUCAGAACAUGAUAUUCAAACAACUACACAAUCAGAUGAUUCUUAUACUAUAAGUUCUGAAACAACUGAGAAAGCCACGAAUGGAUCCAAUCUAGUAGAUUCAUCAAGUCAAGCACCAAGCUCACCAAUAGAAACUACUUCAUCAGAAUAUGAUAUUCAAACAACUACACAAUCAGAUGAAUCUUAUACAUUAGGUUUUGAAACAACGACACCAAUUGAAACUACUUUAAUUGAAAAAGCAACAAAAGGAUAUAAAUCAGAAUACUAUCCAAGUCAAACUACAAGUUCAUCAUUGAAAACCACUGUUUUACGAAAGGAUAUUCAAGCCACUACUAAUUUUGAUGAUACGUAUACAGUUCAAACAACUGAUAAAUUUACCAGUGAAUCUAAACUGAAUGAAAGCAACUUUAAAGCUACAACUAUGAGUGAUGAAUUUUUGGCCACUGAGAAUUCAAUCUCUCCUUUUCAAAAUUCAUCUAAACAAGACAGAAAAGAUGACCAAAUUGAUGAUAAGGAAAUUGCAACAACAACUUCUCGAGCAUUUAGUAUUAAAUAUAAUGAUAAUAUAGAAACUCUUGGAGUAAUCAAUAGAACAACUCCAUCUGAUCAUGAGUAUUUAGAUUUAAGGAAACCAAAUACUGAGCAUAAUACUACGAUGAAAACUCUUACGACAACUCCAAAGACUAAAAGCGAGGAAAAUGAAUAUUUACUAGAAAAUGAGAACGUUACAACUAUUGUUUCUGAAGAAACUACAGAAAGUAUAGAAGAUAUUACUACUCCAGACUCAAAUGAUUGUCUCGUUGAUAAUGAUUGCUUUAAUAAUUUCCUUUGUAUUAACCAAACAUGUACAGAUCCUUGUUCCUAUCCUUUAAAUCUGAACAAAUCAUACGCAUGUUUAUGCUCUGGUACAGAUUCUGCCACUGAGAUUAAUUGUCGAGAAGAAUCAGAAGCUGGAUGCAGAUCAAAUGAAGAAUGUCCUUCACAUAAAGCUUGCAUAAAUAAUGUAUGCUUAGAUGUUUGCGGUACUCCUGAACUUAAUCCUUGUAAAAAUCAAGAUUGCCAAGUGAUGGAUCAUCAAGCCGUUUGCAUUAAAGUUUGUCAAUGCCAAAAACAAACAGACUGUCCAAACAAUGCCAAAUGCGAUGGAUGUAAUUGCAUAAUACAACAUGAUCCAAUAGCUGUUGAAGGAUGUGAACAUUGUCCACCUGGAACAAAGUGUGAUGUUAGUACGGGUGCAUGCAUAAGAGAACCAUUGAUGCCGAAAAAACCUGAACUGUGUAGUUCGGAUAAUGAUUGUAUCGAGACUGAAACAUGUUAUAUGGGCUUUUGUGUUGAUCCAUGUCAAUUCCAAAAUGUGUGCCCUAAUAACGCCAUUUGCAUUUCAAAGUUACACCGGCCUUUAUGCAUUUGUAAAAAUGGGGAAACUUAUUUAAAUUGCACCUCACAUGAACUCUUAUGCACGAACAACGAAAAUUGCUCACCUAAUGAAGCUUGUAUAGACAAUAUAUGUCAGCAACCAUGUGAUGUACAUAAUCCUUGUGUAGAAGAUGCAGUAUGCUUAAACGUUAAUCAUGGAUGCGAUUGCGUUUGUGAGAAUGGCUUUGAAGGAAACGGUUAUGCACUCUGUGUUCCUGUUGGAAAGAAACCUAUUUGUCAAUACAAUGAAGAUUGUCCACCACACCUUUAUUGUGAUCGAUUAAACCGAGCUUGCAUGAAUCCAUGUGUCGAUGACUUUUGUGGUGAAAAUGCCGAAUGUUACGUAGAAAACCACAACGCACAAUGUAGAUGUCCAACAAACUAUCAUGGUAAUGCUUUUGUACAAUGUAUGAAGAGUGAAUCUUGUAGCGACGACAAACAAUGUCCUAUUUCACAAGCUUGUACUAAUGGAGAGUGUGUUACCCCUUCAUGUAAUUGUGGUCUAAACGCUAAAUGCACAAUAGAAGGGCAUAAAGCAAUUUGUGCCUGUCCAAAAGGUUUUAAAGGUAAUCCUUAUGUUAGUUGUGAUAAUUUGAAUCCCUGUGUACCAAGUCCUUGCGGAAAAGAUGCCCUUUGUAAAUUAGAUGGUGGAAAUCCAAUUUGUUACUGCCCCAAAAACCUAACAGGAAAUCCAUUUGACAAAUGUAUUCCUAAAGGAAACAAAUGUUCGAAAAAUUCAUGUGGCCCAAAUAGUGAAUGUGUUGUUGUAAACAGAAAGGUGACCUGCUUUUGUCUUCCGAAUUAUGAAGGGAACCCACCACGAAAACCUUGUCAACCUCCCAAAAAUCCAUGUGAAUCUAAUGUCUGCGGCCCUAACACUCAGUGCUCAAUCGAGAAAAAUGGUUUAGCUAAAUGUUCGUGUCUUUCUGGUUUUAUUGAAAGUCCCAACACUAUUAGAGGAUGUGUAGAAUCUAGAGAUCCUUGUGAAUCAAAUCCUUGUGGAAAAGAGGCAAUUUGUGACAGUAGUAGAACUCCUAUGUGCUUCUGUCCUGAUAACAAACGAGGUAACCCAUAUCGUGGAUGUGAAGAUCCUAUUGCAAGACAUGCCUGUGAACCUGGCUCUUGUGGUAAAAAUUCAAAUUGUUUCGUUACUGGUAAUGAAGAAGUGCGUUGUGAAUGUCAAUUAGGAUUUAUUGGAGAUCCAUAUGUUGGUUGCAAUGAAGUUCCAAAAUCUAUUUGUGAUCCGAAUCCUUGCGGUCCUGGAGCUUCUUGUAUUGCUUCAUUUGAUGGAAAAAGUAUGUGCAUAUGUCCUGAAGGAACUCAUGGAGAUCCAACAAGUUAUGAAGGAUGUUACAGCAGUGAAUGCUUAACAGAUAAAGAUUGCUCUAUUGAUAAAGCUUGCAUUGGAAGAGUUUGUAAAAAUCCAUGUGAUGGUGCGUGUGGCUACGAUACUCACUGUAUUGUUGAGAGACAUAGACCAGUUUGUUCUUGUGUGCCUGGUUAUACUGGAAAUCCGUACUCAAGAUGUUAUCUGGGUGGUAGCUUAACACAUGAUCCAUGUCCAAAAGGAAAUAAGAAACCAGAAUGCAAUCCAGAAUGUCUUUUAAAUUCCGAUUGCGAUGACUCAAAAGCUUGUAUUGAUCGAAAAUGUGCUGAUCCCUGCAAAAAUGCGUGUGGAAUCAACACGCUUUGUCGGGUAGAAAAACAUACUGCUAUUUGUCAAUGCUUACCAAAUCACAUGGGAGAUGCAUUGAUUCAAUGUACAUUAAUUAAACCCCAUCACGAUACAACUAAAGAUCCAUGUAAACCAUCACCAUGUCCAGCUAACGUAAAGUGCUUUAGCUAUGACAACAAAAUAGCUAUUUGUGAUAACUGUGCUUCACCAGACUCAUACAACAAUCCUCAAUGUAGACCACAAUGUACAACAGAAUCAGAAUGUCCUUCAAACAUGGCUUGUAUCAAUCGCCGUUGUGAAGAUCCUUGCCUCAAUAAUUGCGGCAGAAAUAGUGAAUGUAAAGUUAUAGGUCAUAAACCAAAUUGUCGAUGUAUGGAAAAUAUGAUCGGUAAUCCAUAUGAAAGUUGUGAGUUCCCAACAGAAGACGAAAAGAAGGCUUCAUGUGGUGAUAAAAUAUGUGGUUCAAAUGCUGAAUGUACUCAAAAGGGAAGAGUGUUUAAAUGUGUAUGUCAAAAAGAUUACUAUGGAGAUCCACUUGUUGGAUGUCAACCAGAAUGUACGAUAAACUCUGAAUGUCCCAGCAAUAAAGCUUGUGUUCGUAGCCGUUGUAUAAAUCCUUGCGACGAGAAUAUUUGUGGAAAUGGUGCACGCUGUGAAGCCAAGAACCAUAGAGGCGUUUGUACAUGUCUUGAAAACUAUACAGGAAAUGCUUACUUAAUGUGUACACCAGUGUCUAAUGAUAUUACACCAAUUCCACAAAAUUCUUGUGGACCUCCUUCGCCAUGUGGACCAUACAGUAAAUGCGCGAUCAGCAGUACUGGUAUUGCUGUUUGUUCUUGUCAGCCAGGUAUGAAAGGUUCACCUCCAUCAUGUCAACCAGAAUGUUCAUUGAGUUCAGAUUGUAGUCAACAUGAAUCUUGCAUACGUAAUCGUUGCAUUAAUCCAUGCGGAGAAAGAAUAUGUGGAAGAGGAGCACAUUGUGAUGUUAAAAAUCAUAAUCCAAUUUGUACAUGUAAUCCUGGAUUAAGAGGUGAUCCUUUCGUAUCAUGCUCUCCAUAUGAGGAACCAGUUGAGGCUCAUCCAUGCGAUCCAUCACCAUGUGGAAAAUAUUCAAUAUGUAAGGAAGAUAAUAACAGACCUGUUUGUUCUUGCAUGGCAAACAUGUUAGGUGCACCACCUCAUUGCCACCCAGAAUGUAUUUUACAUUCAGAUUGUUCUCAAAAUCAAAUUUGUUCAAAUCUUCGUUGUGAAGAUCCAUGUGUUUCAAAUCCGUGCGGCAGAAAUAGCGAAUGUCGAGUUACAUCACACACUCUCAUUUGUAGCUGCAAACAUGGAUACCAAGGUGAUGCAUUUACUGGAUGCGUUGAAGUAAUUGAGGAUCCUAGAACUCCAAAGAAUCCUUGCGAGCCAAGUCCAUGUGCAAUUAAUUCCCAAUGCUCUGUAAUUGAUACAAACAGAUUUAAAUGUUCUUGUAUUCCACCUUAUCGAGGCGAUCCUUACAAUACUGGAUGUACUCCUGAAUGUACAACAAAUAGUGAUUGUCCAUAUGAUUUAAGUUGUCAUAACUAUGUGUGUAGGGAUCCAUGUCCAGGUGUUUGUGGUAAAAAAGCAUACUGCGAAGUAAAUAACCACGUUGUAAACUGCCAAUGUGAACGAGGAUAUGUUGGAAAUGCAUUUGAAGGCUGUAAAAAAGAACCCAUUACACCUAUAGUUCCUCAAAACCCAUGUUCUCCUGAAAGAAACCCUUGCGGCCAAAAUAGCCAAUGCAUUGAAAGUAGUGAUGGUAGACCUGUUUGUUCUUGUUUACCUGAAAUGAGAGGCUCUCCCCCAUCAUGUAGACCUGAAUGUUUGGUUAAUUCUGACUGCAAAACAAGUGAAGCUUGUAUUCAAAGAAAAUGCUUGAAUCCAUGUAAUACAUCUCCGUGUGGCGGAAUUAACAGUGAAUGUAGAGUACACAAUCAUAAUAUUUAUUGUACUUGUAAACCAAAUUAUGUAGGUGAUCCAUUUGUCAUGUGUAACAAGAAAGUGAUAGAAGAUCCAGUGAGGACGUUCCCUUGUCAACCAUCCCCAUGUGGUCAAAAUGCACAAUGUUCGGAAGUUAACAACAAUGCAAUCUGUAAAUGUUUACCAGACAUGUUAGGAGCACCACCAAAUUGUCGACCUGAAUGUUCAUUUGUACAAGAUUGCCCUCCAUCAAGAACUUGUAUAUCUGGACGUUGUGUUGAUCCUUGCAUCGGAGCAUGUGGAAAUAAUGCAUUAUGUACAGUUCAUAAUCAUGUUCCAAAUUGUGAAUGCAUAUCGCCUCAAUACAAAGGAGAUCCUUAUAGUGGAUGCGUCUACGAAGCUCCUCCAAAUGAUGUAAUAUCAGAUCCAUGCAAUCCAUCACCAUGCGGUUCAAAUACGAUUUGCAAAAAACAGGACGGAGCUGGAUCAUGUGCUUGCUUAGAUGACUUUUUUGGAGAUCCAUAUAUUGGUUGUCGACCUGAAUGUACAACAAAUUCUGAAUGUCCAACUGACAUGGCUUGUAGCAACCAGAAGUGUAAAAAUCCUUGUUUAGGAGUUUGCGGUUUUAAUGCAGAAUGUCGAGUGCUCUCUCACAAACCUCUUUGUACUUGUAUAGAAGGUUACGAAGGAGAGCCAACGAGAGGAUGCACUCAAAGAGAAAUCUCCACUCCACGACCAUUCCCUUGUAAUCCAUCACCUUGUGGACCAAAUUCGCAAUGUCGAGAAGUUAAUAAUCAAGCUGUCUGUACAUGUUUGCCAAACUACAUAGGAUUACCUCCAUCAUGUCGACCAGAAUGUUAUACAAGUUCGGACUGUGAUCAAGAUAAAUCUUGUAUAGAUCAAAAAUGCAAAAACCCAUGUAGAGAACUUUCACCAUGUGCCAAACAUAAUUCUCGUUGUACUGUUAUCAAUCACAAUCCAAUAUGUACAUGUGAGAACAAAUAUACUGGAGAUCCGUUUAUCAAUUGUAUUCGAAUUGAAGACAAUCCUGUUGAACCUAUUAAUCCUUGUGAUCCAUCACCAUGUGGACCAUACUCACAAUGCAGACAAACUCCUACUAAACAAGCAAUAUGUUCAUGUCUACCAAAUUAUGUUGGAAUUGCUCCUAACUGUAGACCUGAAUGUACAACUAGUAACGAAUGCUCAAACAAUUUAGCGUGCAUAAAUAAUCGUUGUAUACCUCCAUGUGAUCAAAAUCCAUGUGCAAGAAAUGCUGAAUGUAGAAACAUAAAUCAUAAUCCAAUCUGUUCCUGUCAGGAUGGCUAUGAAGGAGAUCCAACUAUUCAAUGUAACCCGAUUCCAUUAACAACUGCAAGAACUCCUGAAUUGAAAGUUUGUGAGACAGGAAUCUGCGGAGUAAACGCUGAAUGCAAGGAACGUAAUGGCGCAGCUGCUUGUUUCUGUUUACCGAACUUCUUUGGAGAUCCAUACACUGGUUGUAAUAGAGAAUGUGAAUCCAAUAGUGAUUGUAAACAACAUCUUGCAUGUAGUAAAAAUUAUAAAUGCGAAGAUCCAUGUCCUGGAGUAUGUGGCAUCAAUGCCAGAUGCACCGUUCUUAAUCAUAUUCCAACUUGUGAGUGUGCUAAAGGAAUGAUAGGAGAUCCAUUUUCAAUAUGUAAAGAUGAACCAAUUACACCGAAACAAAAUCCAUGCAGUCCAUCACCAUGUGGCCCUUAUUCGAUAUGUAAACAAGGUCCAAAUAGUCAAUCAAUUUGCACUUGCUUGGAAGGUUACUCUGGAAAAGCACCCAAUUGUAAACCUGAAUGUGUUUCUAAUUCUGAAUGCCCAUCAACUUUAGCAUGUAUUAAUUUGCGUUGUGUUGAUCCUUGUCCAAACACUUGUGGAAUUAAUGGUAGAUGUGAGGUUCGAAGCCAUUCUCCUAUUUGUUCUUGUAGAUAUGGGUAUACUGGCGAUCCGUUUAUACAAUGUACACGAAUACCUUAUGAAGAUGCGACUACUCCAAGACCGAUAUCGUGUACACCCAAUCCAUGUGGUCCUCAUUCAACUUGUAAAAUUGUCAAUAACAAUCAUGUUUGUUCCUGUUUGCCUGAUAUGAAAGGUGCCCCACCAAACUGUGUUCCUGAAUGUUUAGUUCAUUCAGACUGUCCGGCGUAUCUUACUUGUAUCAAUAAUAAAUGUAAAGAUCCAUGUGUUGGUUCAUGUACUACAUAUAGUGAAUGCAAAGUUGUAUCACACACACCAAUUUGUAGUUGCAUGAAUGGAUAUACUGGUGAUCCAUUUAUAUCGUGCAGCCCAGUAACCACUACAACAGUUAAACCCUAUUUCUCUGAUCCAUGUGAUGGAUUAUGUGGAACAAACACAAACUGUAAUAAUGGCGUUUGUACAUGUUUUGCUGACUAUCAGGGAGAUCCAUACAAAGGUUGUAGACCAGAAUGUACGUCAAAUAUUGAAUGUCCUCGUAACAAAGCAUGUAAUCGAAAUCGAUGUGUUAAUCCAUGCGUAAAUAUCUGUGGAGAAAAUGCUUUAUGUGAAGUUGUUAAUCAUUUAGGUGUCUGCUCAUGUCCUGAACAUAUGGAAGGAAAUCCGUUCGUUAGAUGUAUUCCAAAACGCGAGGAAGUAGAAUCAAGAGAUCCUUGUCAACCUUCACCAUGCGGACCAUAUAGUCAAUGUAGGGUUGUUAAUAAUAAUCAUGCAGUUUGUUCAUGUGUCGAAGGUUACAUAGGUUCUGCACCAAAUUGUAGACCCGAAUGUAUUUUAAGUUCAGAAUGUCCUCAAACUUUGUCAUGUAUAAAUUCAAAAUGUGUAGAUCCUUGUGUUGGAGCCUGUGGAAUAGAAGCAAGAUGUGAAGUUAGAAAUCACAGUCCAAUUUGUAGUUGUAAAUCACACAUGACUGGAGAUCCUUUCAAGAGGUGUUAUGAAAAACCAGUUGAUGAUAAACCAGUAGAUAAAUCACAACCAUGUGUACCUUCUCCUUGCGGACCAAAUUCACAAUGCAAAGAAAGUCAAAAUCGUCCAAUUUGUUCCUGUCAAACUGGCUACUUUGGAAAUCCACCGAAUUGUAGACCAGAAUGCAGUGUUAAUGCUGACUGUCCAAAUGAUAAAAUAUGUGAUCAAAAUAAAUGUAUUAAUCCAUGUCCAAGCGUUUGUGGUGAAAAUACUGAAUGCAAAGUUGUUGCUCAUACGAUAACAUGCAACUGCUUAGAAAAUCAUGUUGGAGAUCCUUUUUAUCGUUGCACUCCAGUAAUUAAAUAUGAAGAGCCAAUUAAAGUCUGCGAACCGUCACCUUGCGGCUACAAUGCUGAAUGCAUAGAAAGAAAUGGUGUUGGAUCCUGUAGAUGCAUACAAGAUCAUUUUGGAGAUCCUUAUCAAGGCUGUAGACCCGAAUGUGUGACUUCAUCUGACUGCAUUUUAAGUCUAGCUUGUAUAAAUUCAAAAUGUAAAAAUCCUUGCUUAGGAGCAUGUGUUCAAAAUAGUGAAUGUCAAGUUGUAAAUCAUAUACCAUCUUGUACUUGCAACAAAGAUUUUGAAGGAGAUCCUUUGAUUUCAUGUACACCAGUAUACAAUGAACCAGUUACAAGACAGCCUGAAAAUCCAUGCAAUCCAUCGCCAUGUGGCUCUAACAGCAUGUGCAAAGUAACUAGUAAUAAUCAUCCUGUAUGUACAUGUAUUGAAAAUUAUAUCGGAUCACCACCAAAUUGUAAACCAGAAUGUGUUGUAAAUUCUGAAUGUCAAUCAGUAGAUGCCUGUAUUAACAAUCGCUGUAAAUCUCCAUGCAGAUCAGACUUGUGUGGUAAAAACACUGAGUGUGAAGUGCGAAACCAUAGCCCUGUCUGUAAAUGCAGAGAUGGCUAUGAAGGAAAUCCAUUUGUUCAAUGCAAGAGAAUAAUAAUAGAACAUACUCCUUUGGAGCCAACAAAUCCUUGCUUCCCAUCGCAAUGCGGUAAAAACAGCCAAUGCAGGGAAGGAUCUAAUGGUCAAGCUAUUUGUUCAUGUCUUCCGAACAUGAUUGGAGCACCUCCUUCAUGUCGUCCCGAGUGUGUUGUAAAUUCAGAUUGUCCACAAAGUGAAGCAUGUAUCAAUCAGAAAUGUCAAAAUCCUUGCCUAAACGCUUGUUCAUAUAACAGUGAAUGUAGUGUCCAAAAUCAUAUUGCAACUUGCGAGUGUACAAAAGGUUUCACAGGAAAUGCAUUUGAAGGAUGCGUUCGCAUAACUGAACCAACUGUACAUGAUCCGUGUAAUCCAAGUCCAUGCGGAAGAAAUGCUGUUUGCAAUAAUGGAAAUUGCUACUGUAAUGAUGAUUAUAUUGGAGAUCCUUACGUGCAAUGUAGACCUGAGUGUACUUUGAGUACUGAAUGUCCUUCAAAUAAGGCAUGUGUUAGGAAUCAUUGCGUUGAUCCUUGCGUAAAUGUUUGUGCUCCAAAUGCGAUUUGCUCUGUUUACAAUCAUAUUCCAACCUGCAACUGUCCAAAUAAUAUGAUUGGUGGUCCAUUCACCCAAUGUCGUGUUGAGGAUACUAGACCAGUUCCUCAAAAUCCAUGUUAUCCUUCAAAAUGUGGCCCAAAUUCCCAAUGCAAAGAAAGUCCAAAUGGUCAUGCUAUUUGUUCAUGUUUAUCAAAUAUGAUAGGAUCUCCUCCAUCAUGUCGCCCAGAGUGUGUUAUUAAUUCGGAAUGUGAACUAUCUAAAGCAUGUAAAAACAGUAAAUGUGUAGAUCCUUGUGGUCCAGGAGUUUGUGGAAUCAAUGCACGUUGUCAAGUCAAAUCACAUUCUCCAAUAUGUACUUGUAUGCCUGGAUAUAAUGGUGAUCCAUUUAAUAAAUGUGAAUUAAUUCAAGAAGAACCUAUUGCUCCAAAAGCACCUUGUACCCCAAAUCCAUGCGGCCCUAAUGCACAAUGUAAAGAAAUCUCUGAUCUACCAGCUUGCUCUUGUUUGUCUGGUUUUAUUGGUGCCCCACCCAAUUGUAGACCAGAAUGCUUGGUUAAUUCUGACUGUCCAAACGCUCUGGCUUGUAUGAAGAAUAAAUGUGGAGACCCCUGUGUAAAUGCAUGUGGUUUAAAUGCAAUUUGUUCCGUAAUAAAUCACAAUCCAAUUUGCAAUUGCAUUGAAGGCUUUAAAGGAAAUCCAUUCUAUAGUUGCGAAAAAGUUACCGAACCAGUUCAACCAAAAGAUCCUUGCACACCUUCACCAUGCGGAAGCAAUACACAUUGCAAAAUAUCUGACCGUGGUUCCUAUGCCUCUUGUGUUUGCAUCGAAGAUUACUAUGGUGACCCAUAUGCUGGUUGUAGACCAGAGUGCCUUAUCAACACUGACUGUCCUAGCCAUAUGACAUGUGAAAAUCAUAAAUGUAAAAAUCCAUGUACUCGAAAGACAUGUGCAUUAGAUGCUGAGUGCAGAGUUUUAAAUCAUAUUGUCAAUUGUCAAUGUAGUGACGGUUUAACAGGCGAUCCUUAUACUAAUUGUUAUGCAAUACCGAUUUACAAAGAACCUGUUGAAAAAGAUAUUUGUAAUCCAAAUCCUUGUGGAAUCAACUCAAUCUGUAGACGAUCAGGAAAUUCAUUCGUUUGUGAGUGUAAUCAUGGAUAUUUCGGAAAUGCAUAUGGAUCAGGAUGUAAACCAGAAUGUACAGUAAAUGCCGACUGUCCAUUAUCCAAAUCAUGUUCAAAUUAUCAUUGCAUUGAUCCUUGUAUCAAUGUAUGUGGAUAUAAUGCAAGGUGCGAUGUUAUCAAUCAUAAUCCAUUCUGCACAUGUCCAGACAAAAUGAUUGGUAAUCCAUUCGUUGGUUGUACGCCAGUAUUAGAAUCAAAAGAUCCAUGUUAUCCAUCACCUUGUAAGCAAAACGGAAUUUGCAGAGUAGUGAAUAAUGAAAAAGCGGUAUGUCACUAUCCCGAGUGUGUCCAAAAUGAGGAUUGUCCAUCAAACAAAGCCUGCUUUAAUCAAAUGUAUUGUGGUGAUCCAUGUACUAAUGCUUGCGGAGAAAACGCUUUAUGUAACGUUAUAAAUCACAAAGCAGUUUGCUCAUGUCCGAGAGGAUUUAUGGGAACACCUUUCGUUAGAUGCUAUGUACGAGAUGUUAUUCCACCACCUAAACCUGAAUGUGUUUCUGAUGAUGAAUGUAAAACUUCUAAAACAUGUAUCAAUAAUAAAUGUGUGGAUCCAUGCUCACUUAACAAUUGCGGAAACAACGCAAAAUGCUACGCUAAUAAUCAUCGAAGUACAUGCGUGUGCCCGGAAGGAUUAACAGGAAAUGCAUUUGUUGGAUGCUAUGAAAUAGGCUGUCGAUCUGACAACGAUUGUUCGACAACAGAAGCAUGUAUUAACCGAGAUUGUAUAGAUCAAUGUAGAAAUAUUCGGUGCGGUGAAAAUGCUAUUUGUAAAACAGAAAACCAUAGAUCUAGAUGCCAUUGUUAUGAUGGUUUUUAUGGAAAUCCAAACCAAAAAUGUGAAUAUCCAGAAUGUAAAAAGAACGAUGAUUGUCCAUCCGAUUUAUCUUGUGUAAAUAACAGAUGUGUGUCACCAUGCUCAUCAAAAACUUGUGGUAUUGGGGCUGAAUGUAAAGUCAAUAAUCACAAUUCAGUUUGUACAUGUCCACCAGGAUACACAGGAGAUCCAUUCAAAUCAUGUGUUCAAGAAAAGUAUAGAGAUCCAGGAUGUACAUCUGAUGCAGAGUGUCCAAGUAAUUAUGCAUGCUUUGAAGAUGGUAAUUGCAAAAAUGCAUGUGAUGAAAUCAAGCCAUGUGGAAUAAAUGCUAGAUGCAAGGUCGAAAAUUCACUUCCUGUUAGAACUAUGGUCUGUGAAUGCUUACAGGGAUACGAAGGAAAUGCGGAAAUUGAAUGCAAAAAACCACCUAAAACUGAAUGUCAAUCAGAUGCUGAAUGCAGAGAUACAGAUAUUUGCCGAAGUGGAAAAUGUAAAAACGCAUGUUCACAAGAAUACAAUCCAUGUGCAUCAACUGCAGAAUGUUUAGCUCGCAAUCAUCGUGCUGAAUGUAGAUGUAAACCUGGUCUUAUUGGAGAUCCAUUCGUUCGAUGUAUACAGCAAGAACCACCCCAACCAAAACCUGAAUGUCAAAUGAACUCAGAUUGUCCUUUAAACAAAGCAUGUAUAUCUGAAAGAUGUCAAGAUGCUUGUUUAGGAGUUUGUGGUAUAAACGCUGAAUGUAACACAAAUUAUCAUCGUGCAAUUUGUACAUGUCCACCAUCUUGGGCUGGAGAUCCUCAUGAAAGAUGUUAUAAACCUGAAUGCAUUACUGAUCCAGACUGUCCUUAUGAUAAAGCUUGUAUAUCAUCACACUGUGUUAAUCCAUGUAGUUACGGCACCGUAAAAUGCGGACGUGGAGCUGAAUGUAUCGUUCAUCAUCACAGAGCCUCUUGCGAAUGUCCAAAGGGAACACAAGGUGAUGCAAUGAUAAGUUGUAUCAGUGGCUUAUGUCAAUACAAUGAAGAUUGCGCUGAUCAUGAAACUUGUGAUCGAUUAAAUCAUAUCUGUCGACCAGUUUGUAACAAGAAUUCGUGUGGACUAAAUGCUUUUUGCGAAGGAAUCAACCAUGCUGCAAAAUGUCAAUGUAAUCAUAAAACAAGAGGAAAUCCAUAUGUUGAAUGCUUAGAAGAAAAAACACCAUCACGUAGACCAGAAUGUGCAAACGAUGUUGAAUGUCCAUCUCAAUUAGCUUGUAUUUCUGAAAAAUGUCAAAACCCUUGUACGGAACAACGAAAUAUAUGUUCCCGCGAUCAAACAUGUUCAGUCUUAGAUACAAUUCCUCUUAGAACAAUGGUAUGCAAAUGUCCUCCAGAUACAGUAAGCGAUGUUAAUGGAAACUGUGUAAAAAUAAUUCGAGAACCACAAUGUUCAAAUGAUCAUGAUUGUCCAAAUAGCGAUGUUUGCAAAAAUGGAAAUUGUAUUUUAGCGUGCAAAGAUCAAAAUUGUGGUAUUAAUGCACAAUGCUUAUCACAAAAUCAUAAAGCAAUUUGCAGCUGUCCGCCCAAAUAUGAUGGAAAUCCUUAUGUUGAAUGUUCAUACCGCGUUAUUGACGAGCCCAUUUAUGAAUGCUAUAGCCAUGAAGAAUGCCCAAGUGAUCGUAUAUGCAAUAAUGGCAAAUGUACCAAUCCAUGCCAAAACAAAAACGCGUGUGGUGUUGGAGCAUUCUGCUACGUAGAACAACACCAAGUUUAUUGUCGGUGCCCUGAAAAAUUCAAUGGAAAUCCAAAUAUUCUAUGCUCACCAGUAGAUAAACCAAAAAUAGGAUGCAAAUCUGUCACAGACUGUAGCCCUAAUGAAUCUUGCAUAAAUGAACAAUGCGUUAGUCCUUGCAAUUGCGAUAAAAACAGUGAUUGCCUUGUUAAAGAUCAUAUUCCAGUGUGUCGUUGUAAAUCUGGAUUUAUUGGAAAUCCGAUUUCUGGUUGCAAGAAGAUUGGUUGUGCAAGUGAUGAUGAAUGUUCAAAUGAUCUGACAUGUUAUAAUAACGAAAAAUGUAUAAAUCCUUGCUUGAUAAAUGACCCAUGCUCAUUGUCAGCUACAUGUUAUGGAAGUAAUCACAGAGCAGCAUGCAAAUGUUUACCUGGACUUGAAGGAAAUCCAUUUGAACGAUGUGAGCGUGCAGAAUGCUAUUCAAAUACAGAUUGUCCUUAUGAUCAUGAAUGUCAAAAUAAACGUUGUAUCAACAUUUGCCGAGAAAAGAAUCCAUGUGCAUCAAACGCUAUAUGUACAGCACAAAAUCAUUUGGCAGGCUGUCAUUGCCCUGACUAUUUAUCUGAAGGAAGCCCAUACACAUAUUGCUAUCCAAAAGAAAUAAAAGACCCUGUUGAAUGUGAAUAUGACGGAGAGUGUCCAAAUCAGAGAGCAUGUAUUAACAACCAUUGUGUCAAUCCAUGUGAAGCUUUAAAACCAUGCUCUAAUUCUUCAAUAUGCUCAGUUCAUGAUACAUUGCCAGUUCGUACAAUGAUUUGUUCAUGUCCUGAGAAACUGAUACCAGGUGAAAAUGGAGAAUGUAAGAGAAUAAAACCUGUUCCCGAGGGAUGUAGAAGUGAUGAUGAAUGUACAGACUCUCAAGCUUGCGUAUCUGGAACUUGUAGAAAUCCAUGCAAUUGUGGAGAAAACAGUUUUUGUCACGUACAAAGGCAUAAGCCAAUUUGCAGUUGCAAAGAAGGCUAUGAAGGAAAUCCGAAUACAAGAUGUUUGACUAUUGGAUGUCGCAGUGAUUUAGAAUGUGACCAUGAUAAGGCUUGCAUAAAUUCAAAUUGCAUAAAUCCAUGUUUGACUAAUGAUCCAUGUGCUUCAAACGCAGAGUGUUAUUCGCAAAAUCAUAAACCUGAAUGUCGAUGUGCAAAUGGUUUCAGAGGAGAUCCAUUCAAAGGAUGUCAAGCUAUUGAAUGCUUAAGCAACGAUGACUGUCCAUCAGAUAAAUUCUGUGAUCAAUUGAAUGGAGUUUGUUUGAAUCCUUGUCAUUACGAUAGAACACAUUGCGGUCAAGGAGCUGUUUGUAUAGCACAAAAUCAUAAUGGGUUAUGUAAAUGUAAUCCAGGUCUUAAUGGAAAUCCAUAUGUGGUUUGCAAACUUGAUGAACCACGACCUGAGUGUUUGUAUGAUGUUGAUUGUGAAUCAACGCUAGCUUGUAUUGAUGGACAUUGUAAAGAACCAUGUUUAGAACUUAAUCCAUGUGUAAAUCCAUCAAAAUGUCAAGCUCUUGCAACUAUUCCAGUAAGAACUAUUCUUUGCAUAUGCCCAGAAGGAUAUAUAAGCAGUGGAAGCGGAACCUGUAAACCAAUUGACACAAAAAUUAUAGGUUGUGUGGCUGAUUCUGAUUGCGCACCUGAGAAGUCUUGCAUAAAUAAUCUAUGUCGUGAGCCAUGUAACUGUGGACCCAAUGCAGAAUGUCGUGUUAAAGGACACAAACCAGUAUGCACAUGUAAACAAGGAUAUGAAGGAAAUCCAGAAAUUGGUUGCGUUAAGAUCGGUUGUCUUUCAAACAGCGAAUGUGCAUCUCAAUAUGAAUGCAUCAAUAGACAAUGCAGCCCUGUUUGUAAACAAGAUACUUGUGCAGAACGAAAUGCUGAAUGCAUUGGAUUCAAUCAUAAAGCAUCAUGUCUAUGUGAACCUGGAUUCACUGGGGAUCCAUCUACAUCAUGUGUUCGUGUUGAAUGCAAAUCAGACUCGGAAUGUCCAACAAGUAAAGCUUGCAUAAACCAUUUAUGCGUUAAUCCAUGCGAGAAAACAGCUAAGUGUGCAUUGAAUGAAAUUUGUACUGUAUUCAAUCACAGACCAGAAUGCACAUGCGAUAAUGGAUUCACUUUUGAUAACGAAAAAGGAUGCAUACUAAGAGAAGAAAUAUGCCACUAUGAUGGUGAUUGUCCUGCACAAACAGCUUGUAUAGGCGGACAAUGUUUGAAUCCUUGUGAAUCACUUGAACCUUGUGGUGUCAAUGCAGUUUGCAAGGUCAUUGAUUCUCUCCCAGUUCGAACCAUGAUUUGCGAGUGCUUACCAGGUUACCAAGGAAAUGCAGCAAUUCAAUGUGACAGACAAAUUAUAUGUCCACCAGACAGAAUAUUAAAUGAACGUGGACAAUGCAUUUGCUUACCAGGAACAGCUCUUAAUAUUUAUGGAGAAUGUGUGAUAUGUGAAACUCAGAAGGGAUACAAAAUAGAAAAUGAUCACUGUAUUUGCGCACUUGAACGAGGAAUGAUCAUAGAUGAAAGAGGAAAUUGUAUUUGUCCUGAAGAUCAUGGAUAUCAAUUAACAAUAAACGGAGAAUGUGUACCAGUCCAAACACCAGAAUGCGAGCGUAAUGAGGAUUGUCCUGAUAAUAGAUAUUGUGAACAAUCUACAAAGACAUGUGAAGAUCCGUGUCUUAAUUAUAAAUGUGGUGUUAACGCUUUCUGUAAUGCAACCAAUCACGCUGCUAAAUGUGACUGCAUAGCUGGUUACAUCGGAGAUCCAGAUGUUCGUUGCAAUGAUGAUACACACAAAAAUCGAUCAGAUUUCCCAAGACCAGCAUUAAUGGUUAAAUGUUUAGCUGAUGGCGUACUAGUACAAAUUGAUUUGAUUGAAACUGGUUUUAAUGGUGUACUUUAUGUCAAAGGACAUAGUAAAGAAGAAGAGUGCCGUCGAGUGAUAUCACUUGCCGAUGAUAAUACACCAAGAGUAGAAACAUUUAAAGUACACUUUGGAAGUUGUGGAUUAUUCCAUAUUAAUGGUUUAGCCAGUUUUGUUUUAGUUAUUCAGAAACAUCCUAAAUUAGUAACAUUUAAAGCACAAGCUUAUCAUAUAAGAUGUGUCUAUCAAACCGGAGAACAAAAUGUGACCUUAGGUUUUAAUGUCCAAAUGUUAACUACAGCAGGUACCAUUGCCAACACAGGUCCACCACCUCAAUGUACUAUGAGAAUUGUUCAUUCAAAUGGAAAUGAAAUCAACUCAGCCGAAAUAGGUGAUAAUUUGAUGCUACAAGUUGAAGUUCAACCAGCAACAAUUUAUGGUGGUUUUGCUCGAACGUGUGUGGCAAAAACUAUGGAAGAAAAUGUAGAAAAUGAGUAUAUUGUGACUGAUGAAAACGGAUGUGCAACUGAUCCAAGUAUAUUUGGCGAAUGGGAAUAUAAUGCCGAUAGUAAUACGCUAAUGGCUCGUUUUAAUGCAUUUAAAUUCCCUUCGAGUGAUAAUAUUCGCUUCCAAUGUAACAUUCGUGUUUGCUUUGGAAAGUGUCAACCAGUUAAUUGUAGAGGAUACAAUGCUUUUGGCAGAAGAAAACGUAGAGAAAUUACUAACAAUGAAUCUCAGAAAGAAAAUCAAUCGAUAUCGACACGAUCAAAUAACGACGAUGUUGGCAUGGAAGGAACAUUGAGAGAAGAAAUUACAAUCUCAUCAAAUGCUAUUUUAACAUUUGAAAAGAGAGAUGGUCGUUACAGCAGUUCAGAUGGAAUUAAACCUGCCGCACAGCGAGUAGAAGAUAUUUGUGUAUCCAUGAUAGGAUUAAUCAUUGCACUUAUAAUCACUGCCCUUCUAGCUCUUGUAGCUGUUGCAAUAGCUGUAUCAUGUUGGCUUAUGGCUUACAGACGAAAACCCAAAACUACUGGUCCACUUAGUCAUCCAGCAGAAAUUCCUAAUCCAAUAUUUACAACUGAAAACUCAAUGAAUGCUUCAGAGCCAAUACCAGACUAUUUAUCAUAAGUUUAAUAAACCAACAAGAUCUCAAAUUUAUCUACAAAACGAAUAAAAGAAGAAAAAAACUUAAUAAAAAAGACUAAUAGAUAAAUUUGAGAUAUUAAAAGAUUCAACUCCUCCAGUGGCCGAUACUAGUCGACUUUUAUGAUGAAUAAAAAUUAGGAUAUAAGUUUACAUUUUCGCAUACGUUAACAUUCAUUGUCGUCAUAUAAUUAUCAGUAUCAGCUUGUGAUAUGUAACAUAGAAUAUACGAGAGUAUUAUUAUUAUAACUGAAGAAGAAAAACGACAAAAGAUAAAAGAAAAAAAUCAUUUACUUACAAAUCUCAGUAACACUUUCUCUACAAAAUUUAUAAUACAUACUACUUAAUUACUUAUAUAUAUCGAAUUAUAAGUAUUGAUUGUAAAUAUAUUAAUAUUAAAAUUAAUUUUAAUUGUAAUUGAAAACGACGACCACUGUGAAGACUUGCUUAAGAAAAUAAAGGAAACUAAUAA